AUGGGUCAACAAAUUCUCCAAAUUCACCAGCAUAAUGUUGCUAUAUAUUUUAUCAUUCUCCUAUCCUCUACACUUUUGCAUCAAGCACAAGCCCAUCAAUUUUCACAAAAACUAUCACAAAAAACAUUUGGCUUAAAAAAAGAAAAACUAAGCCACCUUCACUUCUACUUCCAUGACAUAUUGGGAGGAGAUCACCCGACUGCCAUCCGGGUGGCCGAGGCCGCCAUGACCAACACCUCCAAAACCGCAUUUGGAGCUACCGUCAUUCUUGAUGAUCCGUUAACAGUUGGGCCCGAAAUAACCUCCAAGAUUGUGGGAAGAGCACAAGGGAUAUAUGCAUUUGCUGACUUAAAUGAAUUUGCAUUGUUGAUGGUACUAAAUUACGUCUUUGUCGAAGGAAAGUACAAUGGUAGCACCUUGAGUGUAUUAGGGAGGAAUGCACCGUUGACUUCAGUCAGAGAGAUGCCGAUCGUUGGUGGGACUGGGCUUUUCCGAUUCGCACGAGGUUAUGCUCUUGCAAAGACUCAUUCUUUAAACGCGACCAAUGGCGUCCUUGAGUAUAAUGUUUAUGUCCUUCAUUAUUGA